CACCGUGUUUUUUUUUCACCCUCGUUUCUUUCUUUCUUUUCUUUUUUUUUUUUAAAAAAAAACACUGGAUUCAUAGUUGUCAUGGCUUCUCAAUUACUUCGUCAUUCUCUUCGUACUAUUGCUCGUGCUAAUGUUGCUCGUCCUAUGAUGAACAGUCGUGUUUUGACUAUUCGUCCUCAACAAGCCAUUCUUUCUCCAUUGUCUCGAUCCUUCUCUGUGGCGUUGCCUCGUAUGAGUGCUGGUGAAGCUGAUGCCGAUCUCGUUCACAAACUUGACGAAGAACUUUCUUAUGAAAAGGAAAAUGAAGAACCUACUCAACCUGCCUUUAUCAAAGAAUUCUUGGAUGCCAAUUCAUUCAAGCUUGAAGAUAAACCUGGUCACGAUGAAGUUACUUUGACCCGCACCUUUGGCAAUGAAACUAUCUCAGUCUUGUUUUCUAUUUCUGAUAUCAACAAUGGUCCUGCUGAUGGUUUUCUUCCUGAUGAAGAUGAAGUUAUCGAAGAAGACGAAGUAUCUUUCCCUGUCCGUGCUUCUGUCACUAUUGAAAAGAACGGUAAAGGUGCUGUGACCAUUGAUACUGUUGCUCAAGAUGGUGAAAUGACUGUAGAAAGUGUGAUGUACUACAAAGAUGGUAAGCUUGCUAGUGAUGCUUCUGCUGAAUCUGAUUGGCAACGUCGUGGUCUAUACAUUGGUCCUCAAUUCGGUGAAUUGGAUGAAGGUCUUCAAUCUCUGUUUGAAAAAUACCUUGAAGAACGUGGUGUCAAUGCUGGUUUGGCUACUUUCUUGCCUGAUUAUGUGGAAUACAAGGAACAAAAGGAAUAUACUCAAUGGCUUCAAUCUGUCAAGGACUUUGUUUCUGCUUGAAAAAAAAAUCAUCAUCCAUAGUUAGCUAUAUUUAUCUAGCUUCCCAUUUUACAUGUUUCUCAUAGUUAGUUUGACGCUUCAAAAUAAUAUACACCUUUUUUUUAUAAAAUAAAGUUUUCAUUUUUUAUACAUA